GUCACUAUUAGUCAACCAGCGCAUUUUUCGGUUCAAGGUCAAUGGAUGAGGAUGAAGAAGUUUUCUCAGCCCUUGAGACCCAGCUAGAUAACAUAUUUAUGGUUUUGUCCUCUACAGGCUCCAGCGAUUCUGGAUUAUCGGAAUCACAGCAUGGCCUUAAUGAUAAGCACAUGGCAUCGUUUCUAGAUGCUUGCCGGAAAAUGGAUUCCUGGUUUAUUAAAAAGCGCCUGGCAUUAUCAACGUAUUGCCAGGAUUACGCACUGAAAGAGGUACCAUUUUCUUACUCCUAAUCCUGGUGAAGGAAAUAGAUGCACUGAAUGCAGAGUGCGCAAGAAAGGAAAAGCUCGCUCAGGAGUUAAAAAUGCGAAUCGAAGACUAUUCCAAGUCAAUUCAAGUUAUUGUAGACCAAUUCACAAAGGAUAUGCCCUUUCUCGACUGAAAAUGGAAAUUCUACAAUAAACGUUUGAAGCAAAUAAUUGUAUUGUAAAAAUUUCCAGCGGCCACUUAUUUUAUGUACAUAAUAUACACGUGAAAUUUUACUAUAAUAUUCUUACAAAUCAGAAAGGUGAAUUUGUUUUGUCCAACACUCUAGUGAGUUGUGUAUCCUUUCUUAUGUAUGAACGGCUUCCCAUGUUUUCAUCAGCG